AGGAGUUGCUGCAGGUCGUUGAGUUUUGCAGGGAGGGCUGAUGAUCACCGAGGCUGGUAGUUAGAUCAUUGUGAGGAUGCGUGAUUUAAAGUGAAUUGUUGUACGAAUCGUUUGUUGUUAGUCGUUCUUCGCUUAGCUCGCUAGCUUGCUAAACUGUGCCAGUCAAAGCUUUACUUUACAAAAGCUCGGCUUACUUUGAAAGCUUCACUUUUAGGCCACACCAAAUAACGUUAGCCCUGCUGAAAGGAAAAUGGUGUCGUGGAUAAUUUCGAGAGCAGUCGUGCUUAUCUUUGGAACGCUGUACCCUGCGUACUACUCCUACAAAGCAGUCAAAUCCAAGAAUGUUAAAGAAUAUGUGCGCUGGAUGAUGUACUGGAUUGUGUUUGCGCUGUACACAGUGGUGGAAACCAUCACAGACCUCUCCCUGUCCUGGUUUCCUCUGUAUUAUGAGCUGAAGAUCGCCUUUGUGGUGUGGCUGUUGUCUCCGUACACCAGAGGGGCCAGCCUGAUCUACAGGAAGUUCCUGCAUCCUCUGCUGUCCUCUAAAGAAAGGGAAAUUGAUGACUACAUCGUUCAGGCCAAAAAGCACAGCUAUGAGACCAUGGUGAACUUUGGCAAGCAAGGUCUGAGCAUAGCUGCCACCGCAGCAGUCACUGCAGCCGUCAAGGGCCAGGGUGCCAUUUCGGAGCGUCUGAAGAGCCUGAGCAUGCAUGACCUCACUCAGAUUCCUGGCCACGACACCACCGACCAGCCUUUCCCUGCAAUCGCCCAUCCAGGGAGGAACGCACAAAAUCCCUCCAUCGACGGCUCUGAGUACUACGCGUACGAGCCGGAGCUGGAGUCCAGGGCGGGCGAUGAUGCCGACGGGAUGUUCUCCGAGGACGAGGCCGUCACCCAGCGGGGCGUGAGGAGGUCCCAGAGCGUAAAGAUGACGCGCUCCAGAGCGCGCAAAGAGCCUCGCUAUGGAUCUCUGAAGCUAAAACCGAAGCGACGGCCAGCUCUGAGCUCUAUGACAUAUGACCCCUGAACUCCGGACCUGACUACUGGUUUGAGUGCUGUAUUAUUACAACAUGUGAUGGUCUGUACAUUCACAGUCUUUGAGGUGUUUGUGGGUCCUGUUUGUUUCAAAGCAGAAUGAAGAAGUUAAAUGAAAUGCCAGUAACACUGUGCUUUUUUAAUCAUGAAACACUAUAGAUCAUGGGCUAACAAGUGCAUUGCAUAUGUACAUUUCAUUACAGAAAUGUUUAUGGUUUUUAAAAAAAAUCUAUAAUUUUAGCUAACUGCCUAAAAUAUUUUUACGUACUUGAGAAAACACUCCAAAAACAAGUAACCCAAAGUGUGCCUUAUUCCUUUUUGGAGAAGAAACACUAUAAUGUAAAUAUACAUUAAGGUCAUUUAAUGUGUUUUAAAAUGUCUUAUGGUGUAAUGACCACAUUUACAAAACCAGCAGGGCAGGUUUUUUUUCUAUUCGUUUUUUGGCUCAUUGUAUCAUUAUAAUGUGACUAUGUUGUAUUUUCAGUUGUCAUCUUAAGUGGAAUGUAUUCAAUUUUAUGAAUGAAAACCUUGAGUGAAAGCUACAGAGACCAAAGUUCACAUCUGUCUUACAGAGGCUUGGCUUAUUUAGUGUAAAGUACAAAUAUGUGUGGAAUCUGUGUGUUGCAUUCAUUGUAAAAGUUAAUAUUCGCAAAUAAAUUUGGAUGUGUGCAUACUGUGCACAUGAAGUGAA